AUGGCUGAGACAGAGAAAAACCAUAUCCCAACUUCGGCUCUAGUUUUACUUGAUAACUUCACUUAUCCACCAUUACCACCUAUCCUUGAUGGUGACUUGGAGAAACAAGUGUUCACACAUAAAUCAGUAGCAAGUAAUUUACCUAUUGAGUUAGCUCAAAAGUUUCAAAGUUAUGACAAGUUAGCUCAUAUCGGUGAUUCUCUACUUAACACAUUCAUCACUUGCUUGUUACAUUCCAUCAAACCCGAAUCACGAUCCAAUGUUGCCACCAACCUUCGAUCUAAACUCACCACGAGAGAAAUCAAUACUCGAAUUGCUAAACACUACGGAUUACCCGGACGAGUCCAGUGUGGCGGUAGCGACAAAUCUACUUUCCUCUUAUCAGAUCAGUUACAUGGCGAGGUUUACGAAGCUUAUAUUGCAGGAUUGUUUUAUUCAUACAUGAAUGUUAACGAUCAAACCAACAUCAAGUCCAAGAUCGGCUCGGAUCACAGCAAAAAGAAUAACUUGUCCUCCACGGGUAGGGAUAGGGUGUCAUACGGUCAAGCAUUCGAUAGACUUUCUUCAUUCCUUGUCAAGAUAUAUACACCUCUCAUCCAGGGUUCAUACGAUUCUUAUUCCGAAUAUAUGGACACGGUGACUGAAUUGUCAUUGGGAGCCAAAGCUGAACUUAAUCAAUACACUCAGAAACUCAGGUUAGGUACUCCUCAUUAUUCUCCUGCCGAGUAUUUGUGGCCUGAUUGGAUACUCGAAAAUGAUCGUAGAGGAGAUCAUGGAAAAGUAUGGAAAAGUGUUUGUACAGUCUACAAGGGAAAUGGUACGAAAAUAACUAAAGAAGGUAUAGCGGAUGGAGUAAAGCCAGCCGAGAACGUGGCUGCUUUCCUUGUCUUGAAAGAACUUAAGGGUAUUUGA